AUGAGGAACCCUGGACCUUGCACACUCCUGCUCCUCCUCUUGGUGGCCAUGGACCUGACCCAGUAUUGUGCAGGAUCACACUGGCUGCAGACUUUCAACAUUGUGAUUUUGGAGCCUGGCAUGUUGGAGCCCCGGUUCAUCCAGGUCAGCUAUGUAGACUCCAUACAGUAUCAGGGAUUUGACAGCAAAGACCCAUCUGCAGGGAUGCAACCUCGAGCUGCAUGGAUAGAGCUGGAGCCACCUGAAUAUUGGGAAAAGGAGACAUCAAGAGUUCUGGAAUUGUCACAGGUACAGAGACAAGUUCUUCGGUUAAUGGUGAAAAAAAAUGGACACAGAAUGGACGAUUAUCACACCCUGCAGGAAGUAUAUGGCUGCAAUGUGGCAAAUGAUGGGAGUUUCCUCGGCGGUCACUACCGGCUCACCUACUAUGGCUAUGAUUACUUAACCCUGAAUGAGGACCUGAGCUCUUGGACUGCAAAGGGCAAGGGAGCUGAACACGCAAAGAGCAAGUGGGAGAAUGCAGGUGAAGCAAAAAGGAGGAAGACUUACCUGCAAGGGGAGUGUGUACAAAGGCUUCUUAGAUGCCUCGACCUUGGAAAGGAGACCUUGAUGCACUCUGAUGCCCCCCAAACACAUGUGACUCACCAUGUAAGACCUGAAGGGAAUGUCACCCUGAGGUGCUGGGCCCUGGGCUUCUACCCAGCUGACAUCACCAUGACUUGGAAGAGGGAUGGGAACAAUCACACCCAAGAAAUGGAGCUGCCAGAAACCAGGCCUGCAGGGGAUGGAACCUUCCAGAAGUGGGCAGCUGUGGUGGUUCCUUCUGGAGAAGAGCUGAGAUACACAUGUCAUGUGCACCAUGAAGGGUUACCUGAGCCUCUCACUCUGAAAUGGGAGCCUCCACAAACCAUCCCCAUCAUAGCAAUUCUCAUCGGCCUGGUUCUCGGAACUUUGGUGGUAGGAACUGUGGUGAUUUUUCUGGUGUGGAGGAAAUAAAGUGUGAGAUACAAACCUUCUGUGACUUCAAAAACUCCUGGCUUUUCUUUCAAUGGCUGACACCUGUGUCCAUGUAUCUGUAUCCUGUCAAAAGAUGCAGAUCUGGGAGACCUCUAGCAGAAACUGACCUUUAGUUUCCAGAAAGCUGUACAUCUAUUCUGCCAUCUUUAACGUGAGGAUUUUGGUAAUUUUUUAAUGUGUGACUUUUUCCUAUGGUUUACUUAAUGAGUAAACCCAAUCAAAGCAAGAUGAGUAACAUAGUAACUCUGUCUUCAGACGUUGAAAUUCAUUAUUUGGGUCUUCUCUGACUUUUUCUGAGUGCCUUUCUUUCUCUUCAACCUCAUUGUUCUCUGUUAAUUUCUCUUCCUAAUAAACUUCAACUUUGAUUC